GGACGCCAUCCCCCGCCAAGCUGGGAGAGGGGCUGCCCUGCCGCCCCGCCUCAGCCCCGGCCAUGCUGCGCUGACAGGACGCACUGCUUCGCCCCCCGCCCGGGAGACCCCGCCACAGCCCUCGGCUGCCCCUCCAGGGGUCGCGCCGGGCACGGGCAGGGCGUGAACCGCCGCGGCCCCCCCGCCCCCGGGGCGCUGCCCCCGCGGAGCUCCCGCUCGGGGCCCCGGGCGGAGCGGCCCCACCGCCCGCUCCCCGGCCAAUGAGCGGGGAGGCAGGGGCCGGGCCGGCCGCGCUAUAAGAGCCGGGGAGGCGGCGGGCCCCGGGCGAGGCUGUCGGGCGGGAGCCGCGUUUCCUGUCAGCGGGACGGGCCGUGCGGCGCGACCAUGUGCGGAAUUUUUGCUUAUCUAAAUUACAAAGUGCCUCGGACUCGGAAAGAAAUAUUUGAAACCCUGAUAAAAGGAUUACAGAGACUGGAAUACAGAGGAUAUGACUCUGCAGGAGUGGCAAUUGAUGGAAAUAAUAAUGAAGAUAAAGAAAGGUUCAUCAAACUGGUUAAGAAAAGAGGAAAAGUAAAGGCCCUGGAAGAAGAGUUGUACAAACAAGAUGACCUGGAUUCAAAAACGGAUUUUGAAACACAUUUUGGAAUUGCUCAUACUCGCUGGGCGACCCAUGGGGUACCAAGUGCAAUAAACAGUCACCCUCAGAGAUCAGAUAAAAGGAAUGAAUUUGUUGUUAUCCAUAAUGGUAUCAUCACAAAUUAUAAGGACCUAAGAAAAUUUCUGGAGAGCAAAGGCUAUGAAUUUGAAUCUGAAACGGAUACAGAAACAAUCCCCAAAUUGAUCAAGUACAUGUAUGACAACAGAGAGAGUGAGGACACCAGUUUUUCAGCCUUGGUAGAAAGAGUUAUUCAACAGUUGGAAGGUGCUUUUGCAUUGGUUUUCAAGAGCGUCCAUUACCCAGGUGAAGCUGUUGCUACCAGGAGGGGGAGUCCGCUGCUCAUUGGGGUUAGAAGCAAAUACAAGCUCUCCACUGAACAGGUUCCUGUUUUAUAUAGAACAUGCAACAUUGAGAAUGUGAAGAACAUGUGCAAUUCCCGAAUGAAAAGACUGGACAGCUCUACCUGCCUUCAUGCUGUUGGGGAUAAGGCAGUAGAAUUCUUCUUUGCUUCAGAUGCAAGUGCUAUCAUCGAGCACACCAACAGAGUAAUUUUCUUAGAAGAUGAUGACAUUGCAGCAGUAACUGACGGGAAGCUUUCAAUUCACCGUCUCGAGCGUUCAGCCAGUGAUGAUCCUUCCCGGGCCAUACAAACGUUGCAGAUGGAAUUGCAGCAAAUCAUGAAGGGUAACUUCAGUGCAUUCAUGCAAAAGGAAAUUUUUGAGCAACCAGAAUCAGUUGUCAAUACGAUGAGAGGCAGAGUGAAUUUCGAGAGCAGCACAGUUCUGCUGGGAGGGCUGAAGGAUCAUUUGAAAGAAAUCAGAAGAUGCCGGAGACUGAUCAUUAUUGGCUGUGGGACCAGUUACCAUGCUGCAGUAGCUACUCGACAAGUGUUGGAAGAAUUAACUGAAUUACCAGUGAUGGUGGAACUUGCUAGUGACUUCCUGGAUAGAAACACACCUGUUUUCAGAGACGAUGUCUGCUUUUUUAUAAGUCAGUCAGGUGAAACCGCAGAUACGCUUAUGGCCCUGAGGUAUUGUAAAGAACGUCGUGCUCUAACAGUUGGCAUCACAAACACGGUUGGGAGCUCAAUAUCCAGGGAGACUGACUGUGGUGUACAUAUAAAUGCAGGACCUGAGAUAGGUGUGGCAAGCACAAAGGCUUAUACCAGCCAAUUUGUGUCUCUUGUAAUGUUUGGCCUAAUGAUGUCUGAAGACAGAAUUUCCUUGCAGAAAAGACGACAGGAAAUUAUUAGUGGACUAAAAUCAUUGCCAGAGAUGAUUAAAGAAGUCUUGUCCUUGGAUGAGAAGAUACACGACUUAGCUCUUGAACUGUACAAACAAAGAUCACUGCUGGUUAUGGGUCGUGGGUAUAAUUAUGCCACUUGUCUGGAAGGAGCUCUGAAAAUAAAAGAAAUCACCUAUAUGCACUCUGAAGGUAUCCUGGCUGGUGAGCUGAAACAUGGGCCAUUAGCCCUAAUAGACAAACAAAUGCCUGUUAUCAUGGUGAUAAUGAAGGAUCCUUGUUUCACCAAGUGCCAGAAUGCUCUGCAACAGGUCACUGCUCGACAGGGUCGUCCAAUCAUUCUGUGUUCUAAAGAAGACACAGAAAGCUCAAAAUUUGCCUACAAAACCAUUGAGCUGCCUCAUACAGUUGACUGCCUUCAAGGAGUCUUGAGUGUUAUUCCUCUCCAGUUACUUUCGUUCCACCUGGCUGUUCUGAGAGGAUAUGAUGUGGACUUUCCAAGAAAUUUGGCCAAAUCUGUUACUGUAGAAUAACAGCCAAGAACAGCUGAUGUUUUUGUCACCAGACCUCCAAGUUCUACUUGUAGAAAUGUGUUGUUCUGAAUUGAUAGGUAUACAUUUUUCGAAAGAGAAUGAUAGUGCUAACUGGAAAGUGUCAGAAGGAUUUAUCUUGCAGCUUUAAAAGCUUUUGAUGUGCCUUUUACCCAAGUGCUUUUGCUCACAGCAAAUAUUGCUCUAAGUCCUGAAAUUGCCAAAGAAGAUAAAAAUUGUUUACACAUGGUAUACUGAAUGAACUUUUCUACUGUGCAAUAUAUGUAUACAGCUCUCUUCAGAGUAACUGUGAACAUUUUUUUAGCCUACACUACUUAACUACUUUUAAAGAUAUAGUAUUUAUAACUACAAUUGUAUAGCUUUUUUUUAAGUUAUUUUUUUAGUACAUUGCUUAUCUGUAGCAUUGGUAAUGCUCAGAAUGUAAAUACUGAGCAUGUUGACACUUGUGUACAGUUGUUAGGGUUUUCUUCCCACUACAGCCUCAAAUUGGAAGUGUGUUGCCCCUUCCCCUCCCCCUUUGCAUCUGUGUUUCAUAUUUAACCAGUCAUUUGCAAAGCUCUUCUGUGGCUGUAAAUUCCCAGCUAUAUUUUAAAGUUCUGCUUCUUUCAAGUAAUUAUUUGAAAAGCCAGAGCAACAUUUUGUUUUGUAUGCCACCCCAGCUCUUAUUUGCAUAAUAUGUACAGUGCAACAAAAUAAGGGAACUGGAUGUCUUUCAAGUGAUAUUUCUGUUUGAAGAAUGUACGAUGAAAUUACCAUGCAAUUAAAAGAUGAUAUAAUUCUU